AUGUCUGAAUUUCUAAGGAAGAUAAGCCCAAGAUGGUGUGUGAUGCGCUAUGGAGCCUUCGAGUUCUUGGCCACGCUAUUUGGUCUCAUUGAUACACUAGCCACAUUCUGCACGUUGGUAAAUAAUGUCUUUCACGACUAUCUUGACAAGUUUGGGGUGUUGUAUAUGGAUGAUAUCAUGGCAUAUAGCAAGAACUUGGCUGCCCAUGAGAAGUAUUUGGUCUGGGUACUUGAGCAGGUGAAGGAUGUUGAGGCCAUUAAGGUAUGGCCCGUGCCUAAGAAUGUGAGCGAGUUGCGCUUGUUCUUCGACCUUGCAAAUUAUUAUUGGCAAUUUCUAGAGGGAUAUCCAGAUGUUAUGAAGCUGUUCAAGGUGCACAUAAAUGCUUCGAACAUUGCUCUAGGAGGUAUAUUGGUGCGACAUGGCCACCUUGUGGCUUAUGAGAGUUGCAAGCUGAAUGCGGGCAAGUGGAGCUACAAAGCUCAAGAAAAAGAGUUGUUGGUGCAAUCAUGCACUACCUCCGAGUAUGUAAGCCCUACUUGCUAG